AUGAACAGAGCCUGUAAAAUGGAUAUAACGACGGUGGUUUUCAACGCGGCCAGAGAUGGUAAGCUGAAACUUCUCCAGAAGUUGCUGAGCAACAAAACUCAAGAGGAGCGGGAGGCAUUAGCGGAGGAGAAAACGCAGGGAGGCACUGCUUUGCUGAUAGCCUCUCGGUACGGACACCUGGAGGUGGUAGAAUACCUGCUUGAACAUUGCAAAGCGAACGUUGAACUCGGGGGUUCGGUCAACUUUGACGGCGAGACCAUCGAGGGGGCUCCGCCGCUGUGGGCGGCUUCGGCCGCCGGUCACCUCCCGGUGGUCAAGACGCUGCUGAAACACGGUGCCUCCGUGAACAAUGCAACGUUAACUAACUCGACACCGCUCCGGGCCGCCUGCUUUGACGGCCACCUGGAAAUAGUCCGCUACCUGGUGGAGCACAGAGCGGACAUGGAGGUCGCCAACCGCCACGGACACACCUGCCUUAUGAUAUCCUGCUACAAAGGCCACAAAGAGAUAGCCAAGUUCCUCCUGGACCGCGGCGCCGAUGUCAACCGCAAAAGUGUGAAAGGGAACACGGCCCUCCACGACUGCGCCGAGUCGGGUAGUCUGGACAUCAUGAAGAUGCUGCUGAAGUGCAGCGCCCGCAUGGAGAGAGAUGGGUACGGGAUGACCCCGCUCCUGGCCGCGAGCGUGACGGGUCACACCAACAUCGUGGAGUAUCUCUCGCACCAGCCAUGGACCUCCAGAGAAGAGCGCAUCGACGCGCUCGAACUGUUAGGGGCGACUUUCGUGGACAAAAAGCGUGAUCUGCUGGGAGCCAUGCGGUAUUGGAGAAGAGCCAUGGAGCUGAGGCAGCCGGGCGAAAAAGCUGGAUCACUGGACAAGCCCCCUCCCGGUCCCCCGAUCCCUGCCUAUGGCUGUGCGCAGGAGGUGAGCUCCGCGGAGGAACUGGAAGCUCUGAUCACAGACCCUGAUGAAAUGAGGAUGCAGGCCUUGUUGGUUCGUGAGCGCAUCCUCGGGCCGUCCCACCCAGAUACCUCUUAUUACAUCCGCUACAGAGGAGCUGUGUAUGCCGACUCGGGCAACUUUGAACGCUGUAUCAGCCUGUGGAAAUAUGCUUUAGAUAUGCAGCAGAGCAACUUGGACCCUCUCAGUCCCAUGACAGCCUCCAGCUUCCUGUCGUUUGCGGAGCUCUUUUCUUUCGUGCUUCAGGACCGCGCCAAAGGCACCCUCGCCACUCGCAUCACCUUCCAGGAUCUGAUGACGGUGCUGGGAAAAAGCGUUCGGGAGGUAGAGAGAGCCGUGGCGCAGAGGGACAACCCUCCGGAAGCCCCUCAGUUCACAAAGGCCCUCUCCAUUAUCCUCCACCUGGUCUUCCUGCUGGAAAAGCUGGAGUGCAGCCCCGAGCAGGAGCACCAGAAGAAGCACACGGUGUACCGGCUGCUCAAGCUCAACCCCAGAGGCCGGAGCAGCUUCACUCCCCUCCACAUGGCCGUGGACAAAGAAACCACCUCAGUGGGCCGCUACCCCGUGGGGCGCUUUCCCUCCCCGGCGGUGACGGCCCUGCUCCUGGAAUGUGGCGCAGACGUCGAUUCACGGGACUGUGAGAACAACACGCCGCUGCACAUCGCUGCUAACAAUGGCUGUCCAGAGAUCAUGGCGCUGCUUAUGAAGGCCGGGGCUCACUUCGAUGCAACCAAUGCGCAGAGGAAGACGGCCUACGAGCUGCUGGACGAGCACAGCAGCGGGCACCCGGCCUUGUACCCACUGAACUACAUCACCCUUCAGUGCCUGGCAGCACGUGCUAUUGAAAAGCACAGACUGCCUUACAGGGGACUGAUCUCCGAGGAGAUGGAGGCGUUCAUAGAGCUGCACUGA